UUGCAGCAUAGCAUAGCAUAUCAAUAAAAGCAUUCUUUCUCUCUGGACCUUUCCUUAAUCAGUAUAAUAUUGUACAUAUAAUUAUUAUUCAUCCAAGAUUCCUCUCCCCAUCCCCCAUCCCCCUUCUUCAAUCUCCUCAACAUCCAUCCAUGACUUCCUCUGAGAAUUUGAGUUUCUUUUCUCCCGAAUACUCCUCUCCCAGCAUGCUUCCCAUACCCCCAACACCAAAAAAACCAAGACUUCCGACCAACCCAUCGCCGAAAAAUCAAGAAAAACAAAGACUUCCGACCAACCCAUCGCCGGAAAAUCAAGAAAAACAAAGACUUCCGACCAACCCAUCGCCGGAAAAUCAAGAACCCAAGCUCCCAACUUCAACGCCGCCGGAGACUAAAUCAGAACAAUACCCAGUGGUUCUAAGACCGCCUCGCAGGAAAACCAACCCAAUGGUAUGGUGUGGCGCAAUCCUGUGUUUGAUCUUCAGCCUAUUUUUAAUCUUCUUUGGCGUGGCAACUUUGAUCAUCUUCCUCGCCGUAAAACCAAGAACCCCGGCGUUCGAUACGCCGGCGGCGAGCCUAAAUUUCGUCUACUUGAACUCUCUGCAGUUCCUGAACGGGGAAUUCUCGUUUGUCGCCAAUUUUUCCAACCCAAAUCGGAGACUAAAUGUGCGGUUCGAGAGUUUGGAAGUUGAGCUGUUUUUCUCUGACAGUUUGAUUGCCACUCAAAUUCUUCAGCCUUUCAGUCAGAGAGAAGGGGAAGUGAAAUUGAUACCAGUUCACCUGAUAUCAAGCUUGGUUUACCUGCCACCAAAUCAUGCUUUGGGGCUUCAAAGGCAAGUGCUAAGCAACAGAAUUGUGUACAACAUAAGAGGAACUUUUAAGGUGAGGUUUGAUAUUAUAGGGCUGUUCCACUAUUCUUAUUGGUUGCAUGGGACAUGCCAAGUAGAGAUGACAGGUCCACCAAAUGGUGUUCUUAUUACUCACACCUGCAAAACAAAGAGGUGAGAAGGAAGAUGAGAGACAGACAAUUGUUGUGUUUGUAAUUUGGUGUAGCCUUUGCAAAUUUUUGGUUUAUGAUGUUUGUCUCUUUGGCACUCUAUGUGUACAGUAGCAACUCAGAAAAGAGAUUGUGGAUACUAAUUAUUGGUUGGAUACUUCAGAAGCUAGCUUUAAUCUUUUGAUAAAUUAAAGCUAUGAUUUAAUUCUUUGUGGA